AUGGGCAGCAUGGCAGCGCGGCUGGUGGCGUUGUGCGGAAUGGAGGCGCUAGCAGUGGCGGCGGGGUUCUUGCUCAAGGUCCUUUGGCUCACAGACGCGCCCGUGCACGCCGCUCCCUUCUCCUCGCUCUUCUCCCUCCCCGCCCACCCCAAGAUCUCCAAACCGGACCUUCGGUGGGCAGUGGAGGACGUGUCGCCUGAGUGUGUGGCAGGGCCGCUGCUGCGGUCCCCACCACAUGGCUUCAAGUACAAAGCAGCGUCAGUGGGGGACUCACACCAGAACACCCCUCUGGACUCCUGCGCCGGCUGUCCCGCCAACAUCUCCCAGAUCAUCCCGCCCUUCUCCCACCCUCCCACUCUCCUCCUCCCGCCCGGAGCCGUCCUACCUUCUCCAUCUGCCCUCCCUUCCCAUCUUGCGGUGUGCCCUCCCGUCCCCUCUGCUCUCGACGCCCCUCCUCUCGUCCCCUCCCGUUCCGACCCCUCCUCUCUCGUCGCGUCCCCUCCUCUCUCGUCGCGUCCCCUCCUCUCUCGUCGCGUCCCCUCCUCUCUCGUCGCGUCCCCUCCUCUCUCGUCGCGUCCCCUCCUCUCUCGUCGCGUCCCCUCCUCUCUCGUCGCGUCCCCUCCUCUCUCGUCGCGUCCCCUCCUCUCUCGUCGCGUCCCCUCCUCUCUCGUCGCAUCCCCUCCUCUCUCGUCGCGUCCCCUCCUCUCUCGUCGCAUCCCCUCCUCUCUCGUCGCGUCCCCUCCUCUCUCGUCGCAUCCCCUCCUCUCUCGUCGCGGCCUCUCCCAUCCCGUCUAG